GUUUAGUGAACUCAAGAGACAGGAAAUCCAUUUGAUCCGCAAACGAGAGAAGAAAUGGAUCCAAAUGUUAGACAAAUGGGAUAAAUAUAUAAACAAUCGCUGGAAGACUGUGAGAGACCGGUGCCGGAAGGGUAUACCCCAUUCGAUGCGGGGUCAGGCGUGGCUCUACCUGUGCGGCGCCCACCACCAGAUCCGACUCCACCCGAACGCCUACCGCGAUCUCAUCGCACAGGAGGGCAACGAACAGAUUGUGGACGAGAUUCGCAAAGACAUUCACCGCCAGUUCCCCAAUCACGAGCUGUUCGCACAGCCAUUGGGCACCGGACAGACAGAUCUGCUGAAUGUCCUCAAAGCUUUCUCUAUACUGAAGCCUGACAUCGGCUACUGUCAGGGUCAGGCGCCGAUCGCAUCGGUACUGCUGAUGCAUAUGCCGGCGGAACAGGCGUUCUGGUCGUUGGUGGCCAUAUGCGACCACUACCUACCCGGCUAUUUCUCGCCGGGACUGGAGGCCAUCCAACUUCACGGCGAUAUGUUGUUCUCAUUUCUCAAACGCUUCACUCCUAACGCUCACAAACUUAUGGAGAAGCAAAAGAUCGAACCGAUUCUAUUUAUGACCGAAUGGUUUAUGUGCAUUAAAAUAGUAUUCAAGUGCGCGAUAGUGUUGGUGUCGACGACGCUGCGCAACGACACGAAAAAGACGUGUCCGUCGAUGUACGAGACGCUGGAGAAGCUGCGCAACCUAUCCGUGUACCACAUGUCGGAGCCCGUACUCGUGGACAGUAUUCUCAAGUGUGAAAUACACGACUCGGACCUCCAGAGGGAGCACAACAUCCAUGAGAAGAAGAGGCGCCAGAAGUCGCAGCAAAAGGCGAACCAAACGAAAUCCAAUGGCAAUCGACGCUAACCUCUUGUGGGACCACCACUCGCGGGACCCGUGUUUUUCGAUGGACACCCCCUUUGAUGAAUAACUAACUCUCUGUUUAGAGAUGUUUUAUACGAUAUUUUAUAUAUUACUCUCACUUGUCAUCUAUUUAUCGAAACAUUGUUUUUGUCGAAAAAC